UUAAUUUUUUGAUCUUAAAUUUCUAACCAAAGAUUUACUAAAAAAUAAAUAUUCUAAACUAUUUAUUAAUAAUUCGAACAAUUAAAAUAGUUUUAUACAAAUAUGUGAUAAAACAGUAUUCGAUGGCCACUACGGAUCAAACUGAUCAUGAAAACCAAUAUAACGUCAGAGAAAUUGAUCACAAUGAGAUACAACAGUUAGAAAUUGUAGGAGAGGGCAGCUUUGGAGUGGUUUACAAAGGGAUAUGGAGUGGUACAUUAGUAGCUGUAAAAAACAUAACUCGUGAAGCAGAGAAAAAAUCCUUUCUGAUAGAAGUACGUCAACUCUCAAGAGUGGAUCAUGAAAACAUAGUGAAAUUGUAUGGUGCCUGUACAAAGGGUUCACAGUUUUGUCUUGUUAUGGAAUAUGCUGAAGGGGGUUCUUUGUUCAAUGUUUUACAUCGUUCGAACUUUGAAUAUUCCCUGGCCCAUGCAAUGUCUUGGGCUUAUCAGUGUUCUAAGGGUGUACAAUAUUUGCAUGCAAUGCAACCAAAGCCGUUGAUACAUAGAGAUUUGAAACCUCCAAAUUUACUUUUGAUAAACGGAGGUGUUAUUCUAAAAAUUUGUGAUUUUGGAACUGCAGCAGAUAAGAAUACUUACAUGACAAAUAACAAGGGUUCUGCUGCAUGGAUGGCACCAGAGGUUUUCUCAUCCUCCCAUUACACAGAAAAAUGUGAUGUUUUCAGCUGGGGCAUAAUUUUAUGGGAGGUCACCUCCCGAAAGAAACCAUUUUACAACCAAGGAGGUACAGCAUUCAGUAUCAUGUGGGCCGUACAUAAGGGUAAAAGACCUCCUUUGUUGAGAAAUUGUCCACAACCUAUUGAAAAUUUGAUGACUUCUUGCUGGGACCACGAUCCAUCAAAGAGGCCUAGUAUGGAUGAGAUUGUAGAUAGAAUGAAAGCAAUAUGUUCUCUACUACCUGGUAGCGAUAAACCAAUUCAACCUUCUAGUUACAAUUGUGAAGAAUAUGAUGGUUUGAAAGAAGAAGAAGAAGAAGAGGAGGAGGAAUAUGAUACAGAAGUUCAAGAAAUUUUCAACAGUAAUGUAAAUACUAAUGGAGAUAACAUUUUGAAAAUUCUACCUCAACCCUCAAGUGAAUUUCUCAAACCUCUUACUUUGGAAUGUGAUCAGGGAGCUUUGGAUCUUGAACAAAGCUAUGAUAUGCAAACAAUGGCUGGUUUCGACAAAGCAGUUCCUAAAAACGGUAAGUUCUUAAGAAUGCCUUUCAUUUGCAACUGUGAAAUAAAAAAAUAAUACAUCAAGAUGUGAGU